ACUUCAAAUUCGCGUUUUAAUUGCUAGAGCGAGUUGAAUAUGGCAAAAAACAAGCCCACGCUGAAUAUCAUUGCUGCUGCCUGUCAAAAUAUGGGGAUAGGCAACAAAGGCGCUCUUCCGUGGCGUUUGAAGAAAGAAAUGAAUUUUUUCAAGGAAAAGACCAGUACGACCACUUCCCCCGAGAAGCAAAAUGCUGUGAUAAUGGGGCGCAGGACCUGGUUCUCCAUUCCGGAGAAAUUCCGUCCGUUGUCCGGGAGGAUCAACGUCGUGCUCUCCGGCAGGCACAAAACCCUGGAGGGUGCAGACUACGUCGCAGACUCAUUGGAGCAGGCUAUGGACUGGUUGCAGUCCUCCCCCACCAAUGAGAAGCUCGACAAGAUUUUCGUCAUCGGAGGAGCGACCAUUUACAAGCGAACAGGAUGUCCCCCAAGGAGUGCAGGAAGAGGAUGGAGUGACGUACAAGCACGUAGUGUUUGUCUCCAGAGAGCAGAGCUGAAAGGGGCCCUUUGUUCCCCCCCCCCCCCUCUUCCUCAUGAAAGAGACGAUUGUGAGCUUGGAAGAAGUGUUCUACAUUUACCUUCUGAUCUGUUGCUGAAAUUUUUAAAAGUAUUUGUGUGUUUAUGGGGGUCAGUUUUGGGAAUGGGUUACAAUUGCAACAUGCAUCAUUUUUUAAAACACACUUUUUUCUAAAUUUUAAAU